AUGAAAUGUGUGCCUGCUGCUGAGCUACAGCUAAUACAAAGUGGCCAGCGUGCCACAUACUUGAAAACCCGUUAUGAGCAUAUUCCGGAUACUAAAUACAACUAUCCGGAGUCAACCAAUUGGCGAUACGGUUGGAUCCAUCCCCAUUAUGCAGCCAAAUAAAUCUAUAAUUUUUACAAUGCCCGGCGGUUAUGAUGGAGCUGUUACAUUAUUUUCGCCAGCUGGUUAUUUGCAGCAAGUGGAGUACGCUCAACAGGCGGUGCAGAGAGGCUCUACUGUGGUAGCACUGCGCACCAAAGAUUGCAUUGUGAUGGGCGUGGAAAAGAGGGCCGUAGAGCCACUGCAAAUAGAGCGUACAGUGAGGAAAAUUAUAAAACUAGACGAUCAUCUGGUGAUAACCUUUGCGGGUCUAACUGCUGAUGCUCGCAUCCUGGUGAAACGGGCCCAGGAAGAGGCGCAGAAUCAUCGACGGAACUUUGAGCGGCCCGCAUCUGUGGAGUACAUUACACGUUUUAUGGCAAGACUGAAACAGCAUUACACGCAGAGCAAUGGGCGGCGUCCAUUUGGUGUCUCCUGCCUCAUUGGUGGCUUCGAUAUGGAUGGCCAGCCGCAUCUGUAUCAGACCGAACCAUCGGGCAUCUACUAUGAGUGGUCGGCGAAUACGACGGGUCGCCUCGGCAAGACUGUGCGUGAGCAUCUGGAGAACAACUCUGCUGAAAUAGCCAGUGUGUCGGAUGAAGCCGCUGCCAUUAAGCAAGUGGUGCGCACUUUGGUCAUGUCGACCGGUUUGGAUGCCAGUUUCUAUGAACUGGCUGUGCUGCAGCAUAAACAGCCGUUGCAGGUGGUUAGUCCCUCGACGGUGGCUCACCUGGUGCAGGUCAUCAAGCGUGAGAAUGCGGACAAGGAGGCGAGAUUGAAACAGCAGCUUACCAGAGGAACAUAAACCAAACAUAUAUAUUAAUUUUUUUCUUGUUAAGUUCAUUUUGCAAUAUAUAUC